AGAAAACAAGAGAAUUCGAACCAAAACUACUUAAAAAAAUCAUAAACAAAUCGAAAAUCGUAAAAGCCAAAUUACAAAACAUUGAAAACACCCAGAAAUCUUCAGCUGUCGCAGUCGCGCUGGAAAAUAGCGCAGCAGCAGCGAAAGCAACAACAAAUUUAACAAUCAAAGGAACUUAACGAAAACCCUAAAGAGCAACAAUACGGCAAGCAGCAACACUAACACACACACACACACAACGAGCCAAAAGAGCGCGCCACAUUAAAGAGCGUACGCGGAGCAGAGAAAGAGAAAGUUGUUGGAGCAGCGUCAGCGUUUUUCCAACUAAAACGAAAAUUAAAAUGAAAAUUUAACGAAGAAGCAGCAUCAAUGUGGAACACUUAAAGUGAAUGAAUAAUUUCAUACACACACGCACACGCUCACACCGCCACAGAUAUAACUGUAAGCGAAUGGUAUCAAAAUAAACAAAAUCUGACAGCUGAGUAGGACAAAGUGACAAAGCGAGCUGCACCUGCGACACACGCACACACACACUGAAACAGAAUUGCAAAAAACAGCAAGAUUCUUGCAUUUCGCACAACAAACGGCCGUGUGACACACGUUCUCAGCAAUUUUGAAUUAUUUUUGACUUGUGAAGAGUGCAAAAGGAGUGGCUUAAACAUAAAUAAUAUAAUAUUCAGCGCCUCGAAUCGCAUAUAUAAAUCUUCAAAACUAACCUAAUUCGAAAAAAAAACAAAACUAAAAGAUUCGUGAACAACUUCCAAAGACUAUAUUUGACAAGAUCUACAAGGCUCGCACCUUAGUAUAAACUUCAGUGCGUAAGCGAAGCUAAUACAACAACAAGAUGGGCGCUAAAGAAAGUGUCGAAGCAGCCGCGAAGAUGAAUGCGGACGGUUGGGGUCACGUAGAGCGCGGUAGUCGUUAUCACGCUCAUCGUCACAACCAACGUUCGCAGUCCUUAAAUCGCGGUCAAGCGCUUUCACAGGCAGAUGUAAGCGGAAUGUGGUGACAUCGGGGUGCCUCAGGUAAAGCUGCUGGAGGUCAGGGUGGUUGUGCCAGCUGCGCCAUGGGUAACAAGUUGAGCUGCUCCUGUGCGCCAUUGAUGCGCAAGGCGUACCGUUACG